AACGAGGGGUGAACGACUAGUAAGUUUAGGCAGAAAAUUUUCAGAAAAUAUUUUGAAUUUAAUUUUCUCCUUCUAGAAUUUCUUGAAAUGGCUCGCCGUAUCGCUCAAUCCUCUAUUAACUGGACCGCAAUUGCGGAACGUGUUCCACCUGCACAGAAAACUAAUUUCAUUGCUUUUAAAUCGAAGAGUGAUAAAUAUUUGAGAAGUGUUCUCGCUAAUCCAGAAGCUCCCCCAAAGAUUGACUGGGCGGUGUACAAAAAUAAGGUUCCCAUUGCCGGAAUGGUUGACAGUUUCCAGAAGCAAUACGAAUCCAUGAAGGUUCCGUAUCCAGCGGAUACUACGUCAGCUCAAGUUGAUCAGCAAAAGGAACAAGUGACCAAACAAAUUAAGCAGUUUGUCGCUGAUUCCCAAACUCGUAUUGCUGAACAUGAAAAGGCGAUUGCACACUUGAAGUCAUUAUUGCCAUUCAAUCAAAUGACCAUGGAAGAUUUCAAAGACGCAUUCCCUGAAGCCGCCUUGGAUCCUCUUAACAAUCCUACAUUCUUUCCUCAUACCGAUGACGAACAACCUCAUCCAGAUGAUGAUAAGAAACCAACAGAGCAUCAUUAAAUUUUUUCAUUCUCUAGAACGACAGAGUGAACUGAAAUUGGGUUUCAAACCGGAAUUCUGUUUAGAAGAGUAGAUUGAUGGAUUAAAAAUUAACCGAAAAUAAAAUUCUUUAAUUGAAAGUGAA